AACAAACAUCAAAUGACAACAAAUACAUUGAAAACAUUGAGACACUGUAUCACUGCUUUGGACAUUGGAGUCAAUUGUCUUCAUAUAACUGACCAAUGCUAUGAAGACAAUGUCUUGAAGGAUAAUGGCUUCGGAAGGCUAUCACAUGUCUGGCGUUGCGGCCAUUAUCUGCAUUGCAAUCGGGAUUCUUGUCUUCGUAUUGCUGUUCAUAUUCGCCAAAAGACAAAUCAUGAGACUAUCUCUUAAGAAUCGAUUUGUUCCACACAUUCCUCUGGCAAGAGAUGCACCAAAACAUCUAAAACAGCGAAUUGAGAGUAAACUGACUGUCGUUAGAGACAUCACUUUUGAACCAAAUCUCUUGAAUUAUCUCAACUACGAGUCCACUGAAUCCAAGGAUGUCGACUACGACCACAUCUACCGCAUGAAAGCCAUCGACUCUUUGGCAUUACUGGAGGCGGAGAUGAUUGAGGCGACGGGUGACUACAGCCUUAAGCGACCUCCGGGUCAGGAUCUGAGAUACUAUUUGCUGAGACUUGUCAAAGACGACGGCCCUCUCAUCAAUUGUGAUACUAAACUCAUCAAUCAUUUUGUGGACAGUUAUAACAGUGCACGACAUGAACCCUACCCUCACUUCGGUUUAGAGAAUUACAACCAAUUCAUGACUCUUUUGAAUACAAUUCGCAAUUGUAUUACAACUAAGACUUCGCCGAACCGUAAGUCUGUCCUCAAAGGCAAAGACACGACCGCACAGAUGGCCUUCAACGGCAAGACUCAGGUCUCGAUUCGACAAAAUAAAGUCGAUUUUGUGGUCACAGACGAGACAUCCGUUUGA